AUAGCAACAGCAGUCUUUCCCAUAAUGAGCUGCAUCAUCUGAACUGAUGUCACAGCAUCAUGCAGCAGGUCACACAAGGCACCUCCUAGUAUUGCAUCUUACAGAUGUGCCGUAAACAUCAAAAGAGGAUGAUUUGAACAGGAUAUGCUGGUUUUGAAAGAAGUAUGGUUUAGGCUUUGACACGUUAGCCAUGGAUGUAGCACUUUCUCCCAUGAGGACACAAGACCUGGAUCCCAUGCCAUCUGAUGCCUCUCCCAUGCUCAUAAACAUGACUCCUACGGUGGAACAAGAAGGGGAAGGGGAUGUCAUGAAGGACCUUGACUCUGGCCAGCAGUAUGAGAAACCCCCUCCUCUGCACACCGGGGCUGACUGGAAGAUUGUUCUCCACUUGCCAGAGAUUGAGACCUGGCUGCGGAUGACGUCCGAGCGGGUGCGGGACCUGACCUACUCUGUCCAGCAGGACUCGGACAGCAAGCACGUGGAUGUGCAUCUGGUGCAGCUGAAGGAUAUUUGUGAAGAUAUAUCUGAUCAUGUUGAACAAAUUCAUGCUCUGCUAGAGACUGAGUUUUCCCUGAAGCUUCUGUCUUACUCUGUCAAUGUGAUAGUCGAUAUCCAUACCGUGCAACUGCUCUGGCACCAGCUCCGUGUUUCUGUCCUGGUUCUGAGAGAACGGAUUCUCCAGGGGCUACAGGAUGCCAAUGGAAACUACACCAGGCAGACUGAUAUUCUGCAAGCAUUUUCUGAAGAGACUAAGGAGGAUCGUCUUGACUCUUUAACUGAAGUUGAUGAUUCUGGACAGUUAACCAUCAAAUGUUCUCAAAAUUACUUGUCCCUGGAUUGUGGUAUUACUGCAUUUGAAUUAUCUGACUACAGUCCUAGUGAGGAUUUGCUUGGUGCUCUGGAUGACAUGACCUCCAGUCAAGGGAAAGCAAAAUCAUUUGAAUCGUGGAACUACAGUGAGAUGGAUAAGGAAUUUCCAGGACUUAUCAGAAGUGUGGGUUUACUUGCAGUAGCAACAGAUUCCAUUGCUUCCCAGUGUAAUGAAGCUUUGAAGGAGAAAGAAAAUCAUGUACCUCUUUCAGCAGAAGAUGGAGAAGAAACCAAAGACAAGAAAGCAUCACAUGAUCUUUCACUAGCAUCUCCUUCUGGAAAUUCCUCUCUUUCUAAAGAACCUUUCUCUGAAAAUGGUGUUUUACCUACUAACAGCAAAGCAGUUUCCAUAUCAAAGAAUCCAGAGUGCAAUCCUCCACAGCACACUGGUGAAAAUAUCAAACACUCUCACUGUGAAAAUUCAACACCUAAGAGGUCCAUAAGAGACUGCUUUAACUAUAAUGAAGACUCUCCUACGCAGCCUACAUUGCCAAAAAGAGGUCUGUUUCUGAAAGAUGAUGUGUUUAAAGAGUAUAUGGAAGCCAACGAUUUAAAAAGGCAAAUCUCUCAAAUAGUUAAAAAUGAAAUGAGUAGAAGUACACCCUCAUUGUUAGAUCCUCCAGACAGGUCCAAGCUUUGCCUAGCUUUACAGCCACCAUAUACUAACAGUCUGUCUGCAGUUAGUCAGUCAUAUGAUUGCUUAAAUACAAUAAGUGAUAAGAAUCUUGAGUACACAAUAAAUAAUCACUUCAAAGACAGUCCCAUAAUUCUAGGAAAGUGUACUUUCUACAACAGUAAAGAAAAAUCAAAGCACAAGUCUCAUGAUUCUCCAGAGAAAGAGAAAACUGACAGAACACCUGGAAGUAUGUGUAAAACAGCUCCAUCAACCCAGGUCAAAAAAAGAGGGUGUUCUCUGCAGAACGGAAUUACUUCUCAUAGCUCUAAGUCGCUGGAAGAGACAGAAACAGAUUCUUCUGCAUCCUCAGAUUCUUGUAACCAGAGAGAUCCAAAUGGGCAAUCACAAGGUAAAACUGAGCCCUUCAGCUCCCCAGUGUGUAGCCAAAACAGUGCUUCUUCAGCUGGUUCUGAGCUUUCCAGCUCAUCCCCUCUUCUGCUGAGAAGGAAGAAAAAUAAAAGCUUAUCUUCAACACCACACUAUACUCAAAAAACCACUAAGGACAACGAGAUAUGGUAUGGAUCUGAUGAAUAUUUAGCACUUCCUUCACAUCUCAAACAGACUGAAGUAUUAGCUUUAAAACUUGAAAAUUUGACAAAGUUGCUGCCCCAAAAGCCCAGAAGAGAAACCAUUCAAAACAUUGAUGACUGGGAGCUGUCAGAAAUGAACUCAGAUUCAGAAAUGUAUCCAACAUACCAGACAAAAAAGCACAAAAAAAGGGGUAGAAUUUCACCAAGUUCUUCAAGUGAUAUAGUAUCCUCCUUAGGUGACAGUAUUGAAUCUGGGCCUCUCAGUGAUAUUCUCUCUGAUGAAGAUCUUGGUAUGCCUGUAUCUUGCAUUAAAAAAUACAUUGAAGAAAAGUCAGAAAGGACUGCUGCCACUCAGCCCACAGGGAAUGAGACUUCUCCUUCAAAUAAAUCAGCUUUAAUUCAUCAACUGAUGCAAGAUAUACAACAUCAAGAGAAUUAUGAAACCAUAUGGGAAAAAAUUGAGGGGUUUGUAAGCAAGCUGGAUGAAUUCAUUCGCUGGUUAAAUGAAGCCAUGGAAACAACAGAGAACUGGACUCCUCCUAAAGCAGAGACAGACAGCCUGAAACUAUACCUGGAGACACACUUGAGUUUUAAGUUGAAUGUAGAUAGCCACUGUGCUUUGAAAGAAGCAGUGGUAGAGGAAGGACGCCAACUUCUUGAGCUUAUUGUAUCUCACAAAUCAGGACUGAAGGACAUGCUGCAGAUGAUUGCAAGUCAAUGGAAGGAACUACAGAGGCAAAUCAAACGGCAACACAGCUGGAUUCUUAGGGCUCUGGAUAUCAUCAAAGCAGAGGUACUGGCUACUGAUGUGUCUGCAGAGAAUGAGGAAGGGACUGGGAGCCCUAAGGCUGAGGUUCAGCUAUGCUAUUUGGAAGCACAAAGAGAUGCUGUUGAACAGAUGUCCUUAAAACUGUACAGUGAGCAGUACAACAGUAGUAGCAAGCGAAAGGAAGAGUUUGCUGAUAUGUCAAAAGUUCACACAGUGGGAAGUAAUGGCCUUUUGGACUUUGAUUCAGAAUACCAGGAGCUCUGGGAUUGGCUGAUUGACAUGGAAUCCAUUGUGAUGGACAGCCAUGACCUGAUGAUGUCAGAGGAGCAGCAGCAGCAUCUUUACAAGAGAUACAAUGUAGAAAUGUCAAUCAGGCACCCAAAAAAGAUGGAACUGCUUAGUAAGGUUGAAGCUCUGAAGAAAAGUGGUGUUUUACUACCAAAUGAUCUCCUUGAAAAAGUGGAUUCAAUUAAUGAAAAAUGGGAACUGCUUGGGAAAACACUAGGAGAGAAGAUCCAAGACACAAUGGUAGGGCACAGUGGGUUAGGUCCACGUGACCUGCUCUCGCCUGAAAGCGGCAGCCUGGUAAGGCAGCUGGAGGUCAGGAUCAAAGAGCUGAAAGGGUGGCUGAGAGAUACAGAGCUUUUCAUCUUCAAUUCCUGUCUGAGACAAGAAAAUGAAGGAACAAUGAAUGCUGAGAAACAACUGCAAUAUUUUAAGUCUCUAUGCUCUGAGAUCAAGCAGAGGCGCCGUGGGGUGGCCUCUGUGCUGCGAUUAUGCCAGCACCUCCUGGAUGAUCAGGAGACCUGCAACCUAAAUGCAGAUCACCAGUCCAUGCAGCUGAUAAUCGUAAACCUUGAGAGGAGGUGGGAAGCCAUUGUCAUGCAAGCUGUCCACUGGCAAACCAGGCUACAGAAGCGAUCGGAAAAAGACUCGGAGCCUCUAAAUGUUAUUGAUCCCAGUUUGAUGGAUCUAAAUGGUCCAAGUGAAGAUGCACUAGAAUGGGAUGAAACUGACAUAAGUAAUAAGCUCAUCAGUAUUCAUGAAGACUUAAGUGAUCCUGAUCAGGAGCUCAACAAGGAUGAUCUAAACCAGAAACCUGCUUCAGAAGAUUGUGGUGAUAAUGAUGUGAAUGAGGAUGAAAGUAUAAGUAAUCAUGGAAUUCCUCUUUAUUGUCCCAACAUUACUUCCCCUCCAAAUCCUCACAUCUAUCAGGUCUAUAGUCUUCAUAAUAUUGAAUUAUCAGAAAAAAAACAUAUGCCUUUUUUGAAAAAAACAUCCAGGCUCUCCAGUGUAAUGCAGUCUAACAUUUUAAACAAAAGUCUCAGUAAAGAUUCAUCAUUUUCAUCUACCAAAUCCCUGCCAGAUCUGAUAGGAGGUACCACAUUGGCAAAACCAUAUAACUGCAUGUAUCAGAGUGGGAACAUAAGCAGGCAUUCCGAGAGUGAGAGUGGGAUAGUGAGUGAAUGUGAUACAGAAACUACAAAUAAUUCAGAAAUUUUUUUGCUAAAUGAUAUUGAAAGCAGUCAGAGUAAUCCUGAAAUUGGGCAUGUGGAAAUCCAAGUGGAUAAUGUAAUAAAACCAAAACUAAAGCAAGAUGAAGAAGAUCAUACUAGUCUUUCAGAUGAUUGCCAAUUGGCUCCUUCUGUAUGCUGUGGAAGUGAAAAUGAUGAGGAUUUGGACAGCAUUCCUAUGUCUAACCCUGCUUGUCCAGAACAAUUGCAAGGAAAACAUGAUGUGUUUACAUUUUAUGAUUAUUCAUAUCUUCAAGGCUCCAGAUUCAAAUUACCAGUGAUAAUGAAGCAAUCACAGAUUGAAAAAACACACACAGAGAGUAGUUUGUUUCAUGACUUUUGUUUUGAUAAAAUACCUGGUAAAUCCGAACAUAAGUCUGGAGAGUCACAACCAGAUGGGUUUAUUCAUGAUCAUACUCUGGCAAGUAUCUGUGGAGAAUCAGAUCCCAGUUCUGGUAAAUCCGCAGAAUCUGUAAAAAAAUUACCUGUUACAGAGAAUACAAGACAGGUUCCCACUUUAUCUCAUAGUUCUUCUUUAGAAUCUCUGUCGGUGGUAGGUGAUUUGUUCAGCUCAGGUAUUUUUAAAAGUGGAGAUGGUCUUCAGCGAAGUGCCUCUUUGGAGAGCUGGCUGACUUCCUACAAAAGCAAUGAAGAUCUUUUCAGUCAUCAUGGCUCUGGAGACAUAAGUGCAAGCAGUGAUUCUGUUGGAGAGCUCAGUAAAAGGACAUUAGAUCUUCUGAAUCGCUUAGAGAAUAUCCAGAGUCCUUCAGAUCAAAAAAUAAAGCGCAGCAUCUCUGAUAUGACACUCCAAAGUAGCUCUCAAAAAAUGUCUUUUACUGGACAGCUGUCUCUAGAUAUUGCAUCUUCAAUCAAUGAAGAUUCAGCAGCUUCUCUCACUGAACUCAGCAGCAGUGAGGAUCUUUCUCUCUGCUCUGAAGACAUUGUACUACACAGAAAUAAAAUGCCAGAUUCAAAUGCAUCAUUUAGGAAACAUCUUAAUAGAUCUGUAGCUGAUGAGAGUGAUGUCAAUGUCAGCAUGAUUGUUAAUGUUUCCUGCACUUCUGCUUGUACUGAUGAUGAAGAUGACAGUGAUUUGCUUUCAAGUUCCACCCUUACCUUAACUGAGGAAGAGCUAGGUAUCAAAGAUGAAGAUGACGACUCCAGUAUAGCAACUGAUGAGGAUAUUUAUGAAGAAUGCAAUUUAAUUUCAGGACUUGAUUAUAUAAAAAAUGAGCUCCAAACCUGGAUUAGACCAAAAUUUUCCUUGACAAGGGAGAAAAGAAAAAGUAACCUCAGUGAUGAAAUUCAGCGCAGUAAAGAAGUUAGUAAUGAGACAUCAAAAGCCACAGAUACAUUAAGCAUUGAAACACUGUUGAAUGGUUCAGUGCAGAAAAUAUCAGAAAAUAAUGGCAAUAGUAAGAAUAUACCAUGUGAUCGUGGAAAAGGGACAAAGAGUCACCCAGUGAAAGACAUCUCUCAGGUUGUGAAGGAUCAGCUUGUGGAUGAUAUGGAAAAUGGCAAUGUCGAAAAUACUCUUGGCAGUCAAAAGGAAGGUCUUGUUAGUGUUGCAGCAACCCCCAAAACUCAUGCAUCACUUGAUGUCAGAGAAGCUGAAAAUGAGUGUGGUGUCUGUGAAGCAUUUACAGACAGUUCAGAUGAUUCACAUAUGGAUGGCAAGGAGACUGUUCUUUCUUCAGCUGGAUCCAGGAACCCUCCAAGGGAAUGUCAAAGUCAUCUUCAGCCUGAUCAUCACUCUGUUGCUUCUUCUCCUGCAAAAAAGCCUUGCCUUGAAUCUUCCUCAGAAAUUAAUUCUGUAGGCAUACAAGAUACAGCUUUACAGCCAUCCUUAUCUAGUGGUCAACAACAUAGAAUAAACGCUACUGAAAAAUUUCCUGAUUGCUGUGCAGCCUUGAAAUCCAGUGAAAAAGAAUGCAACUCAUCAGCCAAUGGUUUUGAUUUGUGCUGUAACUGUGAAUCUGCUGAUUUUGAUAAAAAACCCAUGGAAGAUGGCUCAGUACACAAUUUUGUCAGGGAGAUAAUAGACAUGGCAUCAACAGCUUUGAAAAGUAAAUCACAACCUGAAUGUGAGUCAUCUGCUCCAGCUUCAUUAGCACAGAUCAAGGAAAAAGUGUUAGAACACUCUCACAGACCCAUCCAGCUAAGAAAAGGGGACUUCUAUUCUUAUCUUUCACUUUCUUCUCAUGAUAGUGACUGUGGCGAGGUAAUCAAAUACAUAGAGGAAAAGAGCAGCACUCCUGUGCCACUGGACUUCACAGAUGAGAGAGAAGAUAUUGAAUGCUUCUUUGAAGCCUGUCCUGAGGAAGAAUGGGUUGAGCAGCAGCAACAGUCUAUUUCUAAUGGUUCUCCUGAAGCACAAGUUGAGCAGCAGCAACCUAUUUCUAACCCUAUUUCUGAAACAUCUGCGGAGUCACUAGGUGAAGUGACUCCAGAGUCAUUAGAAUUAAAAACUUCUUCUGAAGGUAGGGAUUUAUCUUUCUUAUGUGGGGAUGACAAUGAUAUAAAUAUUCCAAAUACUAACAAAAAAUGUACAUCAAGUAAUUCAAAAAAUGCUGAUGAUGAUUUGCUGUUUUCAGAUGGACGAAAUGAAAGUUUGGAAAAGAAUUCUCCAGAGGUUAGCACUAAAAAGAGUAGUGCAGGAAAAUCACCUGGAACAGAAGAUAAAAAAGGAUGUGUUGCUGCUUCUGAAGAGGCUUCAGCCACAGAGUUUCAGAUAAAGCCUGGCCAUUCACAGAAAAAGGAUGGUUUACACCAGAACAGAAAAACUCUUACUUGUGAAGAAAAUCUCCUCAAACUUCAUAAGGAAAGACAUAUAAAUAUGCACAGAUAGAAUGUAACCUUCUCCAGGCACAUAGAUUAUUCUAAAAACAGAAACUUGGCUGCAAUUCAGGUGCAGGUUCAUCCUGUAAACCCUGGGAUGACCUCCAAUUCCAUUGUAUCACUGCCCUUCAUUAAACUGACUCCCAAGAUAAUUUUUUUUUCCAAAUGUGGUUUGUCCAUGUUGGCUUUGUGGUCAGGCUGCAUAUGCUAGUCCUAUUUCAGUGAUCAUUUUAUUUUGUAGCAAGGCCAUUUGCCUUCAUGUGGAUUCCUCUCCCAAGCUACCUCUAAUGACCUCCCCUUCCUAAAUUGGAUGCUCCUGUACUACUUACCACUGGUUCUGUUCUUUAAAGUACUAUAGAAUUCACAGUCAGUCUAGUUCAUCUUUUCAGAAUUGUACUUGUCAGUACUCUUCUAUUUUCUGUAUCAAAUUUAAUAUUUAUCUGUAUAAUGCAUAAAUUUAUUGAAACUAUUUUGCUUUUAAAGUGACUAUUUUGUUGGAUUGCAGCAAAAAGAAGUCAUUGGUCCUCCUGAUUCAAUACAUCUAAAAAUUAAGCAAUUUAAAUAAAUGGCAUUUUAUUUAUUUAAUUUAAAAAUUUAAUCUAUGCAACACUUCAAGAAACAACUACAUAGUGUUGUAUGUUAGAAACUGUUGACAUUCUACUGAAUUAAGUAUAACAUUUUGGGUUUUUAUGCUUCUUGAGGUGGUAAUGAGAAAAAAGUUUUUAAAAAAUGUGUGCCUUGCUGUAUUUCUUAUACCAUUUAUUAAAAAGCUGCUUUCACAGUAAAAUUAUGUUGGUUUGAAAGGAGGAAAUAGCAAGGUUAAGAUGUGUGAAUAAUUUCUGUAUAUAUGUAUAACCAACUGCAAACAUUGAUGUAUAAUGACAGUAUAAAAUGCUUUCAUGUUUGUGAUGUCCAGUGAUGUGGAAAUUAUAAGCCUUAAAACCAUUAGAUUGCAUGGUAAUUAGAAUUGGCACAAUAAACAUAGUUUAUUGGGGAAAAAAAAGCAGAAUUGGUGAUCUGUUUUACCUGCGUUCCAAGCACAGAAUGCUUUAUCAAAAUUCCAAAGAAUAUGGUUUUCUUUGCAAUUAUUCCUUAGAGAUAUGUGACUCUUUAACUGGUGAAGAUUUGUAUUAUCUAACUCAUAGGAAAGGAACUUUGUCAUUAAAGAUUCUGUAGGUCUUUUGGGCCAAGCAAGGAUACACAAAUAUUUAGUAUCUCAUACAGUAUUUUAUAGCAGAUCUUUUCAUUGUUUAUAAGCAACAGUUUGUUGUCCAAUUCUUAAAAUUUCAUUCAUUUACAUAAUCAUAUUGAAUAAGCUCUAUCUAGACACUCUAGCAGUUGGCUGUUUUGAUGACUUAGAUUGUACAUUUCAAGUGCUUUUAUCUUUUGCUAAAAGAUAUUGAGCGACCAAAAAAAGCCAACCAGCCGGCUUUAUAAAUUAACUCUGCAAACAUGGCAUUCAUCUCCUAAAAAAACUAUUGGGAAGGAAUGUCAGGAAAUUUAAGACAAGCAGUGCCCUUUGAUGCCACCUUUAAUCAUUAUAUUUCCAACUGUAUAAACGUUUUUACAAAAAGCUUUAGCAUUCCUCCUUUAAAGCAUGGACAUCAGUUUGACAAGCUUAGCUAUAAGCAGAGAGAAACUACACUGGCCAGAAGAUAUAUUCAUGCAACAGUGGAGGAACAGAUAUUUAAGAACAGUCUCAUGUUUUCCAAAGCAUUAACAGCUUCCUAUUACUGCAAAAGGGAAAUUAUUUGUCUCUCAAUUUAAAUUUCCACAGUGUAGCCUUAGGUAAGCUAUGAGGUUUGUAGGGCAGCAGUAACAGUGCUUAUCUUUAAGUACAAAUAAGAAGUAUUUAUUAUAUGAACCUUUUGAAUCUGCAGAGAUUUUGCACAUGCAUAUCUUUUAUCAGGUAGAAGUCUAAAAAGUUAACCAAUAAUUACAUAAAAUGUAUAACAAUAUAGCUGAAGACCACUUUAUCAUAUUUUAAAUAUUAUAUAUAUAUAUAUAUAUAGUAAUUCAAAAUAUAACUCCUAAUUUUAUUUGCAGUGACAAUUAUGUUUAUUUAUGAGUUAUCUCAACCAUGAUUUUUUAAAUGGUUGUGACAGAGGAAUUGAGUUAAUAAUUACUCUUUUCUUCUUAGUAUUUUCUGGUUUAUGCUAUCUUUUUUUUAAACUAUGGUCAUACCUUGCACUGUGACAACAGGCAAACUAAUAAUUCAGAGGCUUUUUCAGAUCUGUCAUCUCACCCAACAGACUGUGCAUAACUCCAUCAAUUACUUGUACCAUUCUAUUAGGCCAUUUGCCACAAAUUCACUUUUUUCCUGGGGGAAAACAGUAUUACUUGUCAAAUCAAUAAACCACAUAUUCAUCAUACAAUAUCUGGAAUACUAUGUGGUCACAACUCAAAUUUCUGUGGUUCCUCUCUGAGAGAUUGGAACAUUUUAAUUUGACUAGUAAUCCCAGAUCUAUAUUAUUUGGUCUCAUGAGAUAAAAAUACCAUUUUUAGGCUUUUUUGGCUAGAAAAUUUACCUUUUACAAUUUUUAUUCUCCAAAUUGACUUUGUUGUCAAUAAAAAUUGAUUUCUAAGUGAAACACUGAUAUAUAUAUAUUCCACAGGACUGUUUCCUCUCUUAGUGUAAGUCAUGCUUAUGGCCAUAUUGUGCUGGAACUUCAUGCAAUUUCCUAAAGAAAUAUAUUGGUAAAACUAAUGUUGAUAUACCAAGAGUACCUUAUGAUCAGCCCAUGCAGAGAGUCCUGUAUAGAACUCAUUCCUGCUGGUGAAAUUCUUUUGUGGCAGAGAGGAAUGCUGCAAGCUUUCUGCAGAAUUUAUUCCCUACUAAAGUUCCACAGGCUGCUUUUUAUUCCACACACUCCCUGGCUCAUGCUUGAACAACAUCUGCAAUGUGUGAGGAGGCUAUUUGACAGCAAUGGCCCUGACACAUGGAUCUCCUUUUCCUGCCUACUUCACAUUUCUCCCACAGAGAGCCAGAGCUCUCCAGCUCUAAGCAAAGGGAGUGCACACUAACAGCAGUGCUAAAAUGCAUGCCUGAGACUACAGUUUAAAACGUUUUUUUCACUGACAUUAGUUUUAAAUAUGGAUAAGCCACGUCCCCAGUCUCUCACUUAAUGGUUUGCAUUUUUCCCAAGGUAAGUAAAAGAU